AUGACACAACUAUUUUCAGGUUGGUCUUACGAGAAUGGAGAGCUGCUGCUGAUCUACGAGUACAUGCCCAAUGGCAGCGUAGACAAGCACCUGUUCCACGAAAGGCAGCAGCACCGUGGCCACCAACAGCCAGUUCUGCCCUGGGAGAGACGCUACGACAUUGUGAAGGACGUCGCCGCCGGUUUGCACUACGUCCACCACGAGUACGAGCGCACGGUGCUCCACCGCGACAUCAAGGCCAGCAACAUCAUGCUCGACUCCGCCUUCCGCGGCCGCCUCGGCGACUUCGGCCUCGCGCGAGUCGUCGGCUUCGACAAGAACUCCUUCACCGACGUCGGCGUCGCGGGCACCUGGGGCUUCAUCGCGCCGGAGUACCCCGUCAGCCACAAGGCCACCCGGCAGACCGACGUCUACGCGUUCGGGGUGCUGGUCCUCGAGGUCGUCACCGGCAGGAGGUCGCUCGGCAAAGCGGACGACGAGUUCCCGCUGCUCGUCGACUGGGCCUGGUGGCUCCAUCAGGAGGGGAGGCUGCUCGAAGCGGUUGACGCCGAGCUCCGAGCUUCGGAGGCGGGGUUCGACGCCGACGAUGCCGCCCGGCUGCUGCUCCUUGGUCUGUCCUGCAGCAACCCGAACCCAUCGGACCGGCCGACCCUGGCCAACGUGCUGCAGGUUGUCGCCAGGACGGCACCGCUGCCGGACGUGCCGCUGGUGAAGCCCGCGUUCGUGUGGCCGCCGGAGGGGGCGUUACUGGACGACGACGUGGAUGAUGGUUUUGCGGGGACGAGCCGUGAUGAUUCUCGUUACUGGGAGGAGGAGGAGACCAUGCCGAGCUUCAUGUCGUCAGACAGAGAUCACCAAGCGCAGGGCUCGGAAUGUUGACGAGCACAAGGACGCGGGGGAGAUAGAGAGUUAUGUGUAAUCCAAUCUGUAGAUGCCUAUUAUUAUAGUAGCCAUCAGCCAUUGAUCUAUGAAAUCAAGGCCACUUUGUGGUAGUCGAUGAAGUUCCGGUGUAGAUUCCUGCCAUCUCCUUUGGGGUCGCGAGGU